ACAUUGUCCAUAGGCAAGUUCUCAAUGCUGGGUUGGAGUGAUGGUGGAAUUACAGCCAUGAUUGCUGCGGCAAAUAAUCCAGAACAGGUUGACAAACUGGUGAUAUGGGGAGCAAAUUCUUAUGUCACUGAAGAAGAAGCAAAAAUAUAUGAAAAUAUGCGUGAUAUAAGCAAAUGGUCAGAACGCAUGAAAGCACCAUUAAUAAAGCUGUAUGGAGAAGAAGGUCUAACUACAAUGUGGAACCAGUGGACAGAUGCACUUGUUGGCAUAUACAAAAACCAAAAUGGUGAUAUAUGCAAAGGUUGUUUGUCUAAAAUCACUUGCCCCACUCUAAUAGUUCAUGGAAAUAAAGAUGCCAUGGUGGCAUCAGAACAUCCUGAGUACCUCCUGAAACACAUUCCGCAUAGCAAGCUUCAUAGAUUUGAAGAUGGCAAACACAACCUCCACUUACGAUAUGCAGAUGAAUUUAACAACUUGGUCACUGAAUUUCUCAGUAAAUGAAUAUGCCUUCAAGAAGAAUGCUGAAACUACUUCAGUACUAUAACCUGAUGUUGGAUUGAAGUAAACAUUAAUUUUCAGCACCCUUCAGUUUAGAUUAAGUUUUAUAUACUCAUGUUCAGUUCAUACUGGAAUGAUUUUCUCAGUGACUGCGGGACACCUUCCUGCAGGAGGCAUCCAACUUCUUCUGGGAUCCAUAAACUUCUUUGGUCAGUUCCGUUGGGUCUCCACGACGCGCUGCAGUUUGUUUCCGAUCCCUAUGCCGCUUCUUCCGUUCUUUGACCUUUUUCACUACAGCAUCUUCCUCAGGGACUUCUUGAUGCUCCCCAACGGAGUGCAUCAUUCUUGAUUCAGCCUCAAUCUUGUCUAUAUCUGCCUCUGCGCUUCAUGGCAGGCGGUCGUCCCUUUUCGCCAUGCAUUCCCAUUGGCUUCUCACAUGGAUUUCGUUUCUGCUCGGAUGGCCUUUUUGAUUUCGUUCAUCAUUUCUUGGGUGGCCAAUAUAGCUUUUGUAUUGCUGUCUAAUUUGAAAUUCAUUUCGUCUUUCAUUUUGUUCAUCAUUUUAGAUCUCGGUCGACCUUUCUAUUGUUGUCAAUAUUCGCCAUCAGGCGUUCCAUCAGUUUUUCCAUCUCCAUCUUGUGACAGUAUAAUAUUCGAUGCAAUUGUAAUUUCAGUAAUUCUUUCCAACUUGUGGCAUAUUUAAGUUCGUAACCAAUUCUCACACCACUUGUAAUGUGUUUACACACACACACUGCACCAGUUGUCAUGAGUUUAUGACUGUGUUAUAGUGAGACCAAAUUAUCCAGUAUUUAUGUUGUAACCACCACUAAAAAUCCAAUACGCUCUGAGCCGCCAACUUAUGACACCAACUGUAGUGUGUUUAGGUGAGUUAAGACUUGGUAAUAGGUUUUAUUAACCACUUAAAGGUCGUAUCUACAAUUACUUAUCACCCUGUUACUGAUUUACAUAACUUACAGUAACUACACUAAUCUUCUCAGCCUAUCUUUAGUAGUAUUCAUGUCCCAAAAAAAUGUACUCACCCUUUUAAUGACACCAAAUGCAAUGUUCUUUAAAUAGAUAUAAAGUUAUUAAUUUGAAAUGAAGAAAACAAGCCUACUGCACCAUGCGUGUUCGUAAAUGUUCAAACUGAUGACCAUCAUUAUCCAGACAGUGCUGAUGACGCGGAACAAUGGAAUCACAACCUGUAUGAAGCAUUUCAUUUGUAAUUUGAAGACACUGUCUUUCAACUCAUGGACUGUUGCUGGUUUUGCAGCAUAAACUUUAUCUUUGACGUAUCCCCAUAAAAAGAAGUCCAUGGGUGCAAGGUCCGGCGAACACGCAGGGUAUUCAACACUACCUCUUCGCCCAAUCCAUCUGUCCGGCAAAGCUGUAUCGAGAUAGGCCCAAAGAAUUCCUGGAGCAAGUCUAGGUAAACAGUACCAUUGAGAGUGUUGUCAAAAAAAGAAUGGACCUAGGAUGCCCAAUGUUUUAUCCCACACCGCACUGUAACUCCUGGUAAGUUCAGAUGGUGUUCCACAGUAACAUGCGAAUUUUGAGUAGCCCAGUAGGUGCAAUUGUGUUGAUUAAUUGUGCCAUUUAACUUAAAUGUGGCCUCAUCACUCCAGAUAAUUCUGUUUGGAAAAGCUUCAUUUUCAGCACAUUUUUUCAGGUACCAUUGGCAAAAUUCAGUUCUCCAAUCAGGAUCCUCUUCAUUGAGAGUGUGGGUUAAUGUUGGAAUGUAACUUUUCCAGCUCGCUUCAAAAUUCGAUUAACGCUCGAUUUUUGAGAUACCUGUCUCACGAGCUGCUUACCGGCUUACCGGAGGAGGGUUUCCAGCAGUUGCUCUCUUGCGGUACCGGUAGAUGACCGUGGUCUUAUGGAAAGUUUUUUAUAGACGUCUUGAACAGUUUCAGUUGCUUCAAGCUUAUCUCUGAUGCAUGCAAUGGUGCGUCGCAUUGGUGGAUUUCUUUGAAACUCCCUUGGGAACUGUCUUUGCAUUCAGUGACCUCGUACUUCCAGUAACACAGCACAAAUUUUCUAUCCACAAAGCUUAGUCGUACUUCCACCAUUAUUUCAAGUUACUUACACCUAGAAAAAUAUAAAAAUUUCGUCAGUUACGGACAGUCAAAGAGUGAGUACAUGUUUUUGGGACAUCUUAUAUUUUUAACACGGGAGCUAUACAAGUCUCACUGCACUAUAGCACACAUAAAGUCUUGAAGUUAGGCAGUAAGUCUUCACUGCUGACUUCUCAGCUAUCACUCACUAUGACUGAGUAUCACACAUAAUAUCUAAUCACGCUUUUCAUCCUCACAGGCCGACCUCCUGUAUUCUUCUGUACAUCUGUUCCACCAGUACUAGUUCCCAUCAGUGUAUCUGUCACAUCAUGUAGCCUCAAAUUGGAUAGCUUGCCCUCUGUUGCGUAAUCGCCGUGUUCACAGAGGUGUUGCUGGGUAAUGCUGCCGAGAGAUGUUUACUGCAACGCUGCAUAGCAACCAGCUCGGUGCAGCUGUGCUUGGCUCAGCGCAGCACGGCACAGAGAAAAGCCGCUUUCCUUUUUGUUGCAUAAUAGCUGUGUUCCAGAUUUCUGUGGCUCAAUGAUUCCUGCAUGGCGUAAAUACAUCAUAGUAUCAGUAUCAUGGGAAGAGAUAAAUUUGUCAUCCAUACCAGAAUUACUAUUGAGUCCCAUUUUUCAUUAUGUAGCCAAUAUUCAUACUGUUUGGUGAUCUACUUAAUUUUCACAUGUUAAAAAGUGUAGUAGCAGUUUCCUUCCAAGAUUCAAUUUCCAUGUGUCUUUCACAGUCCUGCUCAUUUCUUAGCCAUGCAACAUGAAAUACUUGAACAUUCACAAACAGAACUACCAACUAAACGAAUUUCUGCAAAGUUUUUAUGUGUAUAACCUCUUGAGAAAAGACUUAAAUGUAGAAUUUCAAUGGAUUUUGACGGUCUGAGCUUGAUCCUACUGCCUCAGGGUACACCAUAUAGUCUGUUUUUGUAAUAAUCAUCAUAACUAUCGAUUUCCAGGGGAGAGAAUAUUGCCACUACUGAAGAAAAUCCUAUACCUCAAAGUCAGUUUUUUUUCUUGCAACAGUAAAUAUUAUUUAACCCCGAAUGCAGCAUAUUGUUCUCUAUAAAAUAUAUGGAGGUACUGUGUAAUUUGUAAGUAUAAUGAAAAUAGAAUGUCUGAUCCUGGUUUGUAAUAAAGGUUUCAUAAAUUUAAAACAAA